GUUUCUAAAAGACGUAUCUUUUCUGUUUUAUCAUAUGAUUUCGGAAUCAAUUGUUUAAGAAAUACACUAUUUUUGGGGGGAAGAACGGAAAUAAUCUGUUAUACUAGAAUAUGUUAUAAUCAGAAAAUAAUUAGCAAGAAAUUACUUUAACUCUCGUUAGUGAUGGAUAGAUCGUAUCGCAGUGCGUGCUGCCGCGACCGUGAUGAUAACACGCGGACACGUACUACGCCGCGUAACACACAACAUCGGACCUGUUAACUCACCGACCGGAACGGCGUACGAAAAAUAACGACCGACUAAAUUUGCCCUCAUUAGGUUUUCAUAAACGAAAAAAGUAACGUUAAAAAUGAUGUACGUGUGUGUGUGUGUUUUUUUUUUUUUUUUUACUUGACCCGUUAAUGCAUAUCGAUUACUAUUAGACAAACUCCGUCGGAAUCGUUAACAACGUCUUAAGACCCAUUUCCCUAAACACAUACACACACACACACACACACACACAUAUAUAUAUAUAAAUAUAGACGCGGGACUCUGUCGGCAGACGCAUUUAUAGCCCAGCCCCCGUGUACAGUAUUCGCCGGCCGAAAAUGCGUUUCAAAGCGUCCGCCGCGUCCGUUUGGUCGCUGUCAGUGGUCGCACUGUUUCUACGGAAUUCACAGGACUGUCGGGCUCUGCCGAGGGGCACCAGGGUGGCCGUGCGGUUCGACAGAGUGGAAUGGGCCGUCGACAGCGAGUUCGGGCGGACCGACGAGGUGUACGUCACUCAGUACAACGGCACCGAUUUCGCCAACGUGGCACUGACGUUCGAUUUCGAUUUUCUUAUGACCAGGGCGACCGUGGAGGUGAUAAGGUGCAAGGAGCACUACUUAGAUUGCGCCAACUAUAGGAGUUUCGAGUUGACGCGGUUUUGUGGAAACGAAAAUGCCGUGCUGCUGUUCUUCCGAAUAGGAUACGUUAAACGUGAGGUGUUAUGCACAGUCAAAUAAUAGUUAGUGAGAUGUAAAUGUUCGCAGAUGAAGUCUCCCAAUCGCCAAUUAAUGACGUUGCGCAUCUAUACGAAUAUACAACAAAUCCUUUACAAAAAUGUUCCACAAAUAAUAUUUUUUUUGAUCAAGCGAUUACUCUUGCUAAAGUUUCUGGUGAUUUAGUACGUCAGGAAAAAUCUCAUCAAGAUUGUUCACAUUCAUGUCAACAAAAUGAACAAUGCGAUAAUGAUUUAGUGUUUAAAAGCGCCGAACGGGUAUGGGGCAAAGAAUUCAAUUCGUCCAUAGCAAAGACUGUAUGCGAAGCAUGUGUAUAUACCAAAGGAUCAAGCGUGGAUUGUAUAAGGUACACGAAAAGAGGAACUGCAAUGUGCGCUAAGGCAUGCGAAAGACAGAAUAAAAAUAUAUUAAGAGUUUCUCCUACUAUUGUCUUAUUAAAAGAUGCAUAUUGUACCAAAAAAGUACUUAAAGCGGCAGCUUGUGUUUGUGUUUUUAAAGUCAUAUGUCAAGCUUAUAAGCAUUACGUUUUCAUACAUUUUAUUCCUAACAAAAACGGCGAUGUUGCUAUGCAAUAUUUUGAAACAGGACAUCCUUUGAAAGUACCCCUGUAAUAGUAGUAUUGUUAUUUUUUUUGAGAAUAUACAAACUUUUAUUUAUUUUUUUUUUUUACUAUAAUUUUGCACUUGUAUAUUUAAUGUUCUGUUAAAUCAAUAAAGACAAUUUAAUUAUUAAUUAUAAUGAGUAAAUCAAAUUUACAACAUAUGAGGGGUGUUUUUAUUCUAAGCGAAACACUAAUCUAUCUUAUCAAUCGUGUGUCACCAUCUUAAAUUUUUGACCUUUUUUUGUGCAUUAUUCAUCUUAUUCGCAAAAUUAAGGAAAUCCAUCGG